AUUUAAUGGGAAGGCAGUUUUUGUGAUAAAGCUGCUUAUAUAAUCUGUUGGGAGAGGGAGAGUCUGUUAGAUGUUUGAAAUACAUAAGAGGAGGAAGGGAAAGGCAGGCACAUUUGUUAGAAAGGUCAAGUUGAAUACAGCUCAAUAAACAAUGCUUUUUCUCUUUUGCAGAAUAAUUUUUUUAUCAACUUACAUCACUUUAUCUUUCUAGCCAUAUUAUUAUUUAAAGAAUAUUGGAUUUACAUGUGAAUGUUACUCAUUGCAUAAAUAAAUUAUAUAGCAUGUUACAUUUACCAUCUUUGUAUUUGUUUGCAUAUAGGUUUUGAGGGGAGAAGGUGGUUAAAGUGCAGAAAUGUAGAUUCGCACAGCUCAAGCAGAGGAGCAGCUGAAAUGAGGCCAGAUGGUCUUAUAUUUAUUGGCAAAGAAGAGGACAUAAAGAAGUCUGGAAGAAUAACAGCUAAAAUCAAUGGCAGAGAAAUUGUUGUUUUCUACCAUGAGGGGAAAUUUCACGCCCUGGACUCUCGCUGCUACCACGAAGGAGGCCCUUUGUGUCGUGGAGAAAUAGAGGAUAUCAAUGGCCAAGCAUGUAUUGUUUGUCCUUGGCAUAAGUUUAAAAUUACCUUGGAAACAGGAGAAGGAUUAUAUGAAGGAAUAAACCCUCUGGAGCCAUCACCAACACCACAGUGGCAAUCAAAAGGGGUCAAACAAAGGAUUCAUAAGCUCACAAUAGACAAUGGAAGCAUUUAUGUGUGUCCUCCAGAUUUGUCUGUGAGCUUUGACUCUGACUAUUUUGCUGAAAAGUACAAAAAUGGUGGUGAGUUAGCUAUGGGAAAACAAAGCCACUCAGAAGUAGCAGAGUAGGUCAUGGCCAGAAAGCAGAAUCCUGGGGAAUGCACCAAUGAAAAACCACUGUCAUGAAAUAAAAAUGCACUGUGCCACGAAGAUCAUCUCCAGAUUAAAUUCUAUUGUUAAUGUUAUCUUAAAGGAUUGAAACACGUAGAAUGAGUAGGAUAAGAAGCCCUGCAUUGCCAGAAAUGUGACUGAUCUUCUGCCAAGGACUUUUUUUUUUUUGCAUAUCAGAAAGUCUUAUUUACAGUAGAGUGCCUUAUAAUAUUUGAAAUUUUAGAAGCCUUAUUUUGCUAGAAUUUUUUUAAAUUUUAAGAGGGGAUAUAGUAUGUUACGGCUUAUAAAACUUAUUACAAAGCUAAAGGUAAAUAGUCAGGUGUAAAGGUUAUGUUUAUAUACUUAACAGUUUCUACUUAUAAUGCCUUCAGUAUAAAUGAAAUGGAAAUUUUUAAUUUUUUGGUAUUUAACUGAUCUCUAAGUGUUUCUUAAGUGCCACAAAUGGAAGUACAACACUUCACCAUUUUUAGUGAGCUUUUUUAUGCCUGUUGGUGCAUUACUACUGUGAAUCUAUAGAGGUAUUUAUUUUUCUUCUCCUCACUGAACUCCUCUUGUUCAAAUUAUCAUAUAAUGUGAGAAACACAUCAUCAAAUAAUGUGACAAGAAAUUGUUAUGUAUAACUCGUUCUUCCUGCUUCUGUUGGUUAAAGAGGAAGUUGUUGGGUAUAGUAUGUGAUGUAGUGGCCCUCAUUUGCUUGUUUUCAUUUAUUGUAAAUACAUUUUUAUACAUUUAUUUGAAAAUAUGUGCUUUCUGUUUAGAGCCAAAACUUGUGUUUUCCUAUGUGCAGUCACUGUAUAACAUCAUACCUGCCCCAAAAACUGCCUCCAAGGAAGUUUCUCUCUGAGCUGUACUGCUUUCCAGGACAUGGUGCGGUUUUCUGCCCAGACUGUGGGGUCCAGAGUGCAGAGCUACUCUGUGAACACUGAGCAUCAUUGAAUCAUUGAAUCUAGAAAAGACCUCCAAGACCAUCAAGUCCAACCAUUAACCCAGCACUGCCUAGCCCACCACUAAACCCUGUCCCCAGGUGCCACAUCUACAUGUCUCUUAAAUGCAUCUUGCAUGGCUGUAAUUCUUCAGCAUGUUUUUUUUUUGUUGUUGGCUUUUUGCAAAUUUCAUUCAUAAUCAAGUUCAGUUUGAAA